GCCAACGAUUUAAUUGUACUCGUUAAACUGUGAAAAUAUUCGUCUCUUAGGUGUGCUACACUGUUAUAUGGGUAGGUUAUCAAUUAGUGUUGCGAGAACUGUUGCCGCUCGUUAUCGAUUUUUGUCUACGUCCGCCGACCGAUCAACAUUAUUGUUUACGCCGAGAACGACACUUCGACAGUUUUCAAACUUCAUUAAGUUUUCAUCGGAAUCGAUCGGUCAAAAUGAUGGAGGAGGAUGUGAUAACGCCACCGGAAUUGCAAAGGUGCAUCGUGUGUUACAUACGCAACAACAACGUCUAUGAUGCCACUCUGUUCGAAUUCCCUGACAAUGUGGAAACUCGUAAAUUGUGGCUGAAUGCUUGCGGAUUUAAUGUUAACAUGGAAAUUAGUCCUGACUUUAGAAUUUGUUCCAAACAUUUUGAAAGGGAUUGCUUUCAACAGGUUCCAAAUCCAAAUUUAGAACACCAUAAUAUACGUUUGGUUUUAAAACCAAAUGCAGUUCCUACUAAGUUUAAUAGAAUGAGUGCACAUUCCCACAUUUCUGGUAAUUAUGGUCCAAGUUGUAGUAGAGUUUCUUCUAGUUCUAGUAGAGUUUCUGGACCUAGUAGAAGUUCUUCUGGUCCUAGUGGAAAUUCUGUUUCUGAUGAAGUUUCUUCUAGUAACAUUCCAAGUAAUAAUGACAUAGAAAAAAUAAUCACCAUUAAAAAUGUGAUUGAAUCAUCUAGAGUUCCUAUAGUUUUUCACAAUAUGCUAAAUGAUUGGGAACCCUUUAAAUGGGGUAUAGAUGAUUGGAAAACGAAAUUGUAUCGCCAUCCGAUUCACUGUAGAAAAGGAAAAAUAACAUGUACAAAAGAACCUUUAUGGGAACAUCUUUGUACUAAUGAAGAUAGUACAUUUAUUGAAUUAGAUAAAACUUCUGAAACUAUUGAGACUCAUGGAAAUUGGUUAUAUUUUGACUAUAAAUACAUUGGAGAAAAAAUUGAUGCUGACAUAUUUAAUUCUGUAUCAUGGGAUGAAUUAGGUUAUGAUAUGAGUGCUGAAGAGUCAACUUUAUGGAUUGGAGGUACUGGAGCUCAUACACCAUGUCACCAAGACUUAUAUGGUAUUAAUUUAGUGGCUCAAGUUUUUGGAAAAAAACGUUGGAUUUUAAUGCCACCUGAAAUGGAAAAAUAUUUAGAACCCACUAGAAUACCUUAUGAAGAAUCAAGUUGCUAUAGCAAAAUUAACUUUUCAUGUCCGGAAAAUAUUAAAAAAAUUGAUAAAAAUUGCAAAUAUGUAUCUGUAAUUUUAUCACCUGGUGAUGUUUUAUUCGUUCCACAUAAAUGGUGGCAUUAUGUAGAAAAUUUAACUACUGCUGUUAGUAUUAAUGCUUGGAUACAGGUUCCGAAACUUGACAAUGUGGCUAGAUUAAAAGAGUCAGUGGUUCGUUUCAUGGCAGGCAGUGUUUGUAGUGUGACACUUGAUACUUUACACAAACAACUCUUAAAUCCAAAUGAACCAUACUCACGGUUUAUGACUCUAGAAUCAUCUCUUUUGAUUGACCGAUGUAUUAAAGAAGUGAUUGAAAAUGAAAAAGAUACUACAGAUGAACCAAAAAUAUUAGAUCCAGCAUUACUUCCAAAGAUACUUCCAAAUUUGAAAUAUGAAGCACUUAUACCAGAUCAACACUUGUAUAGAGGAGAAUUUGACACUGUCUACCACAGAAUUCAUCAUUCAUUAACACCUUUAAGUUCUAUGAGUAAUACAGAUAUUAGUUUUAAAUUAUUAGAUGCUUUUUGUAGUGAAAAUGUUGUAAAUGAAAUUGUUAAGAAUCUACUUAAAAAAGAUUAGAAGCUCCAAUUUCUUCUGA